UGAACUCUAUGAAGAAUCCCUAGGAGAGCAGAAGUUCAGAAAACUUUUCGAACCAACUACUAUCUCUUGGAAAGAAGAACCAGCGUGCAAAAAAUUGAUAGAUGCGUUAUCUGCAAGCAACGUGGAUGCACGGGACUUGUGUCAGAUUAUCCGAGCUCCUAUAAUUGAAGCAAAAGACUAUCGUCCUAUGAUUCAUUAUGAUCUUCGUGCAAUCGAGGUCAUUGCUGGUCGAUGGAUUGACCUAAUGUGUUCGCCGCGUAACCAUAUAUCAAUGAUAUGUGGCGAAAGAACUAGUGCUUUGGAUAGUGGAAUUCUGAUCCUUCAAAACUUGUUUCUCCAAUUCAAUGAUCGCGUCUCGUUCAAAUGGAUCGAAGUAGAAGCUGAAGGAACAAAGCGCCAUAAAUGGGACGGCGUUUUGCAAAAUGUGAACGAUGAUGAUGACAAAGCAACAGUGAUGCUAAUAGAGUUUGCUGGUGGCUUCGGAAAUCAAAACGCAAAAAAAUUAGAGAAUGAUACCGAAAAGGUGUAUCGCAACGCAGCUCGACUCUUGAACAGGCGAGACAGCAACGAAAACUGUCAACCCCGUAUUUUCAUAGUUCUCACACAAGAUCGAACCAUUUAUUUUGAAUCAUUGACGUUAAUGACUAAUCUCACUUACGUUCGAACACGAGCGGCUGAAAUCCAAGUUCCUUAUUCGCCAGACGGUUUAAAGAAGACUAUAAAGCAUAUGAAAGAUGUAUUUGCUUGGCGCGACUCGGUUAUCAGUUCCAUUCAAGAAGACACGGCUUCAUUACGUGAUGCCAAUCUUGACACGAAUCCCAUCCCUGGUACACCUUAGUAGCUGAUUAGUAGCUUUUUUCUUUGUCUUCGUUCCAAACCUUUGUUAUGCGAUACCAAAUUUUCGAAUCAUUAAAAACUUCAACUUCUGAAAAUUAAAAUUUUGAUUUCCGUAACGUGAC